AUGAAGUUCAAUCUUUUGGCUGUGUUGCCAUUGUUGGCUUUGGCAGCGGCCAAAUGCAAAGUGCACGAUCAGACGUUUACCCCAGAUUAUGUGCUUGAGGCUACGCUAGAGGACAUCAAAAUCAAUUGCAACUCUCGUCAAUCGGUCGUUUUCAACGGGACUUUUCCGGGGCCUACGCUGCACCUCAAGGAAGAACAAACAGUCUGGAUCCGAGUCUACAAUCGCGUGCCAGGCCAGAACCUCACUGUUAGUCAGCACUGGCAUGGAUUAAGCCAGCGCGCCGCACCAUUUUCCGACGGUACACCUCUUGUCAGCCAAUGGCCCAUCCCCGCGAAUAAUUUCUUCGAUUAUGAAAUUCGACCUGAGCGUGGAGAUGCGGGAACGUACUUUUAUCACUCGCACGUUGGGAUCCAGAGCCUGACGGCGCAUGGAGUCUUGAUCGUCAAGGAUGCCGAUAAACCGGAAUACAAGUACGAUGGAGAUCUCGCAUUUAUUGUUGCUGAUAACUACGCUGCGUCAGAUGAGACAAUUGAGGCGGGUCUUCUUGGAGAUCCGUUCAAAUGGUCUGGUGAACCUCAAGCGAUUACUAUCAACGGCAAUUCUGGAAAUCAGAGCUUCGAUACUGCUGCUGACGUUAGCUGCACGCCUCAUGUCAUUCAAGUUGACCCUGGCAAGACGUAUCGCAUGCGAUUUAUCAGCGCGACUGCUUUGUCGAUGAUCAAGCUUGGAAUUGACGGGCACGACAAGCUGACUGUCAUUGAAGCUGAUGGUUCGUACACCAAGCCCGCCAAGAUAGAUCACGUCCAAGUUUCAUCCGGCCAGCGCUUCAGCUAUCUGUUGAAGACCAAGUCUGCAAAGGAUGUCUGCCAUGGAGAAGAUUCGCAGUUUUGGGUCAGGUAUGAAAGCCGUGACCGACCGAAGCAGAUCAGUGGUUAUGCUAUUCUGAGGUAUAAGUGUCCUAAAGGACCAAAGCUACCGAGGACCCUGCCACCCUCGUCACCUGUUGUCUUGCCCAACGUGACGUACGACUACCUUGAAUACAAGCUCGAGGGGCUUUCGAAGUAUAACAACGAGGCCUUCCCUCGCUUGAGCGAGGUUACCAGGACGGUGACUAUUCAGAUCAAUCAGGUCCUGACCACUGGACAAUAUGAGAACGGAACAUUGAACGGCACACUUGUCUGGGCUCAAAAUGGUCUUCCUUGGAAGGAAAGUGUCCAAGCAGAACACAACCAGGUCCCAUAUCUCAUCCAAGUCUACGAAACCGGCCAGACACCUAACUAUACCCUUGCUGUGGAGCACGGCGGUUUCGACCCCAACACGAAAGUCUUCCCAGCCAAGGUGGGCGAAGUCUUGGAUAUUGUGUGGCAGAACAACAACGGUCUUACAGGAGGCUGGGACUUCCACCCAAUGCAUGUGCACGGCUACCAUGUCUAUGACUUAGGCUCGGGAAAUGGCACUUACGAUGCGCGUGAGAACGAGAAGCACUUCAAGAACUUCACGCCUGUUCUUCGAGACUCGACUAAUCUGUAUCGCUACGCCGUCAAGGGCGUGCCUCAUCAUACAGCUGGUUGGAGAGCCUGGAGGAUCAAGAUCACCGAGGAGAACAUCGGAGCUUGGAUGAUGCACUGCCAUAUUUCUCAGCAUCAGGUCAUGGGUAUGGCGACGGUUUGGGUGUUUGGCGAUGCACAGGAGAUCAAGGGCAAGUUCCCUGCUCUGCCGUACUCGCAGGGUUAUCUGAACUAUGGCGGUAGUGCGUAUGGUACUGGUUCUAAGGCUCCAGUUGUCAACCACUAUUAUAGUGAUGAUAACUAG